AGAUGGAGAAACUACUGUUCCCAGCAUGCUAACAACUCACGGAAAAAUGUCACGCCUUUCAAACAUCUUUAUUCUUGACCGGCCAGCCUUAAAACAAGAGGCGGCACCGUUUUCAAUGGAGCCGAUGCCAAAAUAGGAAAAAGAGGCUAGCGGUGUUCUCUUGGGGAGAGACGGGUUCCGACAGGGGACUGCGCGCAGGAUGUGUGCCGCCGGGGCGAAGCCAGUUCUAUAUACCUAUUUCAGAAGUUCCUGCUCUUGGAGGGUGCGAAUUGCGCUGGCUCUGAAAGGAAUUGCCUAUGAUCAGACACCUGUAAAUCUGGUGAAGGAUGGAGGGCAACAGCUAUCUUCUGAAUUCCAAGCAAUGAAUCCAAUGCAACAAGUCCCCGUCCUCAAAAUAGAUGGUGUUACCCUGUUACAGUCUUUGGCCAUAAUAGAGUAUCUGGAGGAGACACGGCCAAACCCAAGGAUCCUGCCUCAAGAUCCAAAGAAAAGAGCUCAGGUCCGGAUGAUCUCAGAUCACAUUGCUUCUGGAAUCCAACCCUUGCAGAAUUUAAGUGUCCUGCAGCAAAUGGGAGAAAAAAAACUAGACUGGGCACAGCACUGUAUUUCUCGUGGCUUCAAAGCUCUGGAGCAGAUCCUGCAGGACACCGCUGGAAGAUACUGUGUUGGGAAUGAGGUGACCAUGGCUGACUUAUGCUUGGUUCCCCAAGUAUACAAUGCAGAGAGAUAUAAAGUAGAUCUUACUCCAUACCCCACAAUAAGCAGAAUCAACAAAGCUCUUCUGGAAUUAGAAGCAUUCCAGACCAGUCACCCAUCCCGGCAGCCAGAUACCCCUCCAGAAUUCAAAGCCUAAAGGCUUCUCAACUACUGCAGGGGAAUCCAGCAGUUUGCCUGGAAGAGGAUCGUCCCUUGGAGAACAUGCAGAAAAGACCAAAAAUUGAAUGUUUUUCUCUGCCAGCUUCUGAAGAAACAGGACCAGAGGAAAAGAGAUGAGCGGCAGUAGCAUAAUACACAACUACAGAAAAAACAGUCUCUUCUUGAUCAUGUUUAGUAACUGCAAAUGGCAUCAUGAAGUGGGUAAACUCUAUGGAUCAAUUGAUACCAUCCUGCUUGCUGCAUUAUUGAUGGCAAAGGAUGCUUUUUUGAAAGAUGGCAUGUUCUUGGAUACUGUAUGUCAUUCCUUAUCUAAAGUUGUGUGAUAAAGUAGAAAGAAGCAGUGGGGAAUAAUCAAAAGGGUAUAAAUUAAAGAUUAUAAAUGAAAGUUAUACCUCCACUACCCAGUAAAAAUGCAUGAAUGAAGUAAAGCAACUACACAAUA